AUGCAUCGUUCGGGUCUCAUCUCUUUUUUGGCAUUCAUUGCCACUGCUGCCACGGGUGUCUGGGCAGCUCCAGCCGCUGAACCCGAGCCAAUCUUGAAUGUGAGGGAGGCAGAAAGAGAUCCUCGCACCGUCCAUCUUGAAUCCUCCGCCACGGGUUUCAAGCGCUCAGAACCAACCCUAGUCGUGGGGGAGGUUGAGAUCGACCCUCGUACCGUUCAUUUGGAGUCCUCGGCGACAGGCUUCAAGCGUUCAGAGGCAACACUGGGUGUCCGAGAAGAGAAGAUUGAUCCUCGUGUUGUUCAUACUGAGUCUUCGGCCACGGGAUUCAAACGCUCGGAGCCAACAUUGGUAGUGCGGGAGGAGGAAUAG